AUGCAUCCUUCAUUGCUUACUCAACACCAGAAAGUACACAUUAGAGAAAAACCAUAUAAUUGUAAUGAAUGUGGGAAAGCGUUUAGCCAGAGGUCAACCCUUGUUAACCAUCAGCGAAUUCAUACUGGAGAUAAACCAUAUGAGUGUAAUGUAUGUGGCAAGGUCUUUACCCAAAAUUCAAAUAUUGCAUUUCACCUGAGAACCCAUACUGCAGAGAAACCUUACAAAUGUAAUGAAUGUGGUAAGGCUUUUAUCCAUAAUUCAAGCCUUGUGGAUCAUCAGAGAAUUCACACUGGAGAGAAGCCUUUCAAAUGUAGUGAGUGUGGUCAAGCUUUUAUCAGACGUUCACAACUUUGGGAUCACGAGAGACUUCAUACUGGGGAGAAACCUUACAAGUGUAAUGAAUGUGGGAAAGCCUUUAACCGUGGCCCAAACCUCACUACCCACCAGAGAAUCCACACUGGUGAGAAACCAUAUAAAUGUCAUGUUUGUAGCAAGGUCUUUAAUCAAAAUUCACACCUUGUGAUUCAUCAGAGAAUUCAUACUGGAGAGAAACCUUACAAAUGUAAUGAAUGUGGUAAGGCCUUUAUUUAUAGAUCAAGCUUUGUCAAACAUCAAAGAAUUCAUACUGGAGAGAAACCUUACAGAUGUAAUGAGUGUGGCAAAGCCUUUACCUCUUUUAUCCAAAAAUCUAAACUUGUGCGACAUCAGAGAGUUCAUACUGGAGAGAAACCUUACAAAUGUAAUGAUUGUGGUAAGGAUUUUAUCCAUAGCUCAAGCCUAGUCCAACAUCAGAGGAUUCAUACUGGAGAGAAACCAUACAAAUGUAAUGAGUGUGGCCAGACAUUUUUUACACACUAUCAACUUUGGUAUCAUGAGAUAAUUCAUACUGGAGAGAAACCUUACAAAUGUAAUGAGUGUGGCAAAGCCUUUAACCUUGGUUCAACUCUCAAUACGCACCAGAGGAUCCAUACCGGAGAGAAACCAUAUAAAUGUAACGUAUGUGGCAAGGGCUUUAUCCAGAAAUCACAACUUGCAAAUCAUCUGAGAAUUCAUACUGGAGAGAAACCUUACAAGUGCAAUGAAUGUGGGCAGACUUUUUUUACAGGCUCUCAACUUUGGUCUCAUGAGAGAAUUCAUACUGGAGAGAAACCUUUCAAAUGUAAUGCCUGUGGGAAAUCAUUUAACCGGAGCUUACAACUCACUAGACAUCAGAAUAUACACCUUGGGAAAAAAUCACACAUGUAA